CGACCAAGGAAGCAGAGGAGAGGAUUCACGAUCUGGGAAGAAGGUUAUGAUUAGACGGACGUUUAAGACAAACCAUGUGAGGGAAGUGUUUGCAGCACUGGCAAUGGGGGAAAAAAGGAGAUGGCGGGAAAGUGUGUGACACUCUGUAAUCUACUUCGGAACCUGCUUAACCUUACAGGAAGGAGCCGGGUAAAGAAUUGUCUGAUGGAACUGGCAGUGGAUGAAUCUCUUUAAAACAUUUUCUACUGAGAUACAAACAGCAGCAUUGUGUCAGUGAGCCAGUGCCUGUGGAGGAGGUCACCAUGAUCUCCACAGCUGUCCGCUGGCUGGUUCUGGUUUCUUUUAUCAUUCUGACCAUUGGUGGGAAUGUGCUGGUAUGUUUGGCUGUGGGGCUCAGUCGUCGACUGUGGCGCAUUGCUAACUGCUUUGUGGUGUCCCUGGCAGUGACGGAUCUCCUGCUAGGCCUGCUGGUGCUGCCCUUUUCUGCCACUCUGGAGCUGCGCAGCGGGAAAUGGCCCCUCGGAGGAGCCCUGUGUAACAUCUACGUCUCACUGGAUGUCAUGCUGUGUACAUCUUCCAUCCUGACCCUGCUGGCCAUCAGUGUGGACCGUUACCUAGCCAUUUCGGCUCCCCUUAGCUACUCCCGGAGAGUUACCCCUCUGAGGGUGACCCUGGCCAUGAUCGCCAUCUGGGCCUUGUCACUAGCUGUAUCCUUUGUGCCCAUCCACCUGGGCUGGAACACAGCAGACUACAGAGUGCAGCACUUGGACUGGGGCAUUGGGGAGGAGGACAACGAGGGACACUACUGCCAGUUUGAGUGGAAUAACAACUAUGUUCUUAUUUAUGCCUUUAGCUCAUUUUACCUGCCUCUGCUACUUAUGUGUGGAAUGUAUCUCUGCAUAUUCAGAGUGGCACGAGAACAGGUGCGGCGGAUUCGUGCUGCCACUCCAUCAUUUGCACGCGCAGCAUCAACUGCAGCCGUUGCCCGAGAGCACAAAGCAACAGUGACCCUGGCAGCUGUGCUGGGGGCCUUUGUCAUCUGCUGGUUCCCCUACUUCACCUUCUUCAUCUGCAUGGGCGUAAAGAAGAAGACAAACCCCCCUAACACACUUAACUCUGUACUCCUAUGGCUGGGCUAUUUUAACUCCGCUCUUAACCCCAUCCUGUAUCCAGCCUUCAACAGGGAUUUCCGCAGGGCCUACGGAGAGCUGCUUCGCUGCAGAGGACUGUUUUGCAGAAAACCGCAGCUUCCUCGCGUGUCUGCUCAUAAACGAUUGACCUUUACUAACGGACAAAGGGUUUCCCAACAGUCUGAGAAAUAUAUAGACACGGGUAAUAAAGAAACUGAGGGGAAGAGCCUCACUCUACAUGAGAGAAAUGGUAUCCCUGAAGAGCCACGGUGAAAUGCCAUAGAUCUGUUGUUCUUCUGCUGAACUGUAGACUGGCAGCAAAAUGGUGUUAAUUACCAACUUUCUCCACUACUCAGAGUACAGGUUAGCUAACCAUUUACAAUAUCACACACAGAUAUUUAUUGUAUAGUGCCAAACAUAAUACAAUUGUAUAAACAAAAAAUUUAAUGUGUAAAACUUAUGUCACAACAUGAUAAAUGUACACUUUACGUGGACUGGAUACACAAUUAUUGCAUUAAGCAAAUCCAAUGUCAAUGUGCUUAAAUAAAGAUGCCCAAUAUUUUCUUGAUUACAUCAAAUGUUAUAUCAAUAUAAUGUUAUAAUUAUAGCUUGUUAUAACGUUAUCAAUGGAAUUUACCGGUAUUGAAAUGUCUUUCUUUUUUUUGAGAGGUGUAAAAAUGAUAUAACAAUGUAAUUCAAAAUAAGGAGCAGUCAGAGCAGAGCUGAGAGGAGUGAAUAGAUGACUCAGUAAGUUUUCCAGCAAGCUACAUGAAGACACCAGUGGUUAAACGUUUGCAAACUGUGUAUUUUCUCUCCUCUCAACCCUGCCACUGAAAGUCAA